UGGACAUUUUUAUCUGAUGAAUGGCUUCUCUUUUGUUGAAAUAACGGUCCAGGCUUUUGGACGCGACAAUAGAUUUUUCCCAUGUGUAUCCAUCCAACCUUUGCAGUCUCUGUAGGAGUGCUCUUCAAAAGAAAGGUUGCAACUGCUGUUGUGUUUUGUUGGUUGUGUUUGUCCUUCCAGAACAUUGAGGCAAAAAUUCCAGAUGGAAUUGAGUCAUUUACCACAACAAGAUCAGAAAAGAAACAACGAGCUAUCUCUUCAGCCAUUUCUUUGCUGACAAAUAAGAAAACAAGGGACCUCAUUAUGAUUCUCAACUCGAAAAGAUUUGUUGAAAUAUUUGUUAAUACGCUUGAACAAAAAAAACAUCAUGAAGCAAAAUUGAAAGAGGGGUUAAAAGAUUUAGCUAUCAAACACAUGGAACUUCAAAAUUCAUUGUCCUUAGUUUGGCCUAAGCAAGAAGCAACGGUUGCAAAAACUAGGGAUUUGAAGAAGGUUUGUUUGAUGGAAGGCCUAUAA